GAAGGAAUGCAAGUUUGUUCACAAAUUCCACUCCGACCACAAUCUCUGUGUUCUAAAACAAUAUGGACUGGAGAAUUUAACCAGUGAUGAACUUCGCCAGCUUCUGCUUCAGAAUGACCCUUCCCUCUUACCAGAGGUCUGCUUGCAUUAUAACAAAGGUGAUGGACCUUAUGGAUCUUGUGUGUAUAAAAAGAUCUGCACCAAACUGCAUGUUUGCCAGUACUUUUUGUGGGGACAGUGCAGAUUUGGCAGCAGCUGCAAGCGAUCCCAUAGCUUACUGAAGUCAGAAUGUUAUGAGAAACUGGAGAGACAAGGAAUGAGCUCAAACAUUAUUGAGAAACUACCUUCCAUUUAUAGGAAUAUGCAUGACAUAAAAAAUGGCAACAGGAGCAUGUAUGGCAUAGAAGAUACCAAGUCUUCAGCAUGCAAAGAGAGAAAACGCAGCUCUAGCCAAGAGUCCUCAACUACAAAUGAUGAUGAAUUGGAACAGAUCUGUUUAUAUCAUCUGUACAGAAGUUGUGGCUUUAAAGACAAGUGUAUCAGAACUCAUUUUCACUUGCCAUAUAGAUGGCAGAUCUCUGAUGGUAAUACCUGGAAGGACUUGAAGAAUAUGGAAGAAAUAGAAAAAGCAUAUUGUGACCCCAAUAAUGCCAGAUUUAAUAAAGGUGUUACUGAAAGUGGCUAUGUCUUGUCGUAUAUCUGUUUUCUGAAUAUGUGCUGUGGAUUUGCAAAGGUUAGACGCCUUUCUACAGCCUCCUCUGUGACCAAACCCCCUCACUUCAUUCUUACAACAGAAUGGGUCUGGUACUGGAAAGAUGAAUAUGGCCAGUGGCGGGAGUAUGGAAAAAAAGAUGAUGAUCAUGCAGCUGCCACUGUCUCCAGUGAUGACCUGGAGAAAGCUUAUAUAGCCAAAGGUUCUCCAAAGCUGAACUUCAAAGCUGGAAGACAUGAAUAUGAACUCAAUUUUGGAGCCAUGAUUCAGAAAAACCUUCGCUACACAACAGAGAGAAAGGUUUGCAGAAGACCUAAAUUUGUCUCUCAGACAGAGGUAGAAAACACAAGAGCAAGGGGCUUUAACCAUAUGGAAAAUUUUAAGGGCAUUCCAGCUCACUGGGACAAAUCUGCCCUUCCUGAACUGGGAUUCAAGCUGAUUGAACUUAACAGUUCUUCUGAAGAAUACAAGAAAGUCAAGGUGGACUUUCAACGCACAAUGCCCAAAACAGUCAUUAAAAGGAUUUGUAGAGUUCAGAAUCCGUCUCUCUGGGAACAGUACCAAUGGCAAAAGGAACAAAUGCAGAAGAGAAAUGGUGGAAAGGCUGUGGAUGAGCGAUUUUUAUUUCAUGGGACCAGUAGAAAAUACAUCGAUGCCAUCUGUCAGCAAAACUUCGACUGGAGGAUCUGUGGCCUCCAUGGGACAGUCUACGGCAAAGGAAGCUAUUUUGCAAGGGAUGCAUCUUAUUCUGACAACUACUGCAGGGAAGACUUGUACAGCAAGACCAUGUUUCUGGCACGGGUGCUGGUGGGGGAGUUCACUCUUGGUAAUUCUUUGUAUGUUCGGCCUCCCUUGAAGGACAAUCAAAACUUCUACGACAGCUGCGUGGAUAACUCUUCAAACCCUUCUAUCUUUGUCGUCUUUGAGAAGCAGCAGAUUUACCCAGAGUAUCUCAUAGAAUACAUCGACCAGGCAUUGGCAAAAAUGCUAUAGCAACAAAACCUGUCAUCAUUAUGUCUGGCU